UCCAAAAAAAACUUUGCCCGUAGUUGUGAAGUGGGCGGAAACUUUUUUCUGUCCACUUUACCCAAUGAGCGGAGGUCGUCAGAGAUGCAAAGUGAGCUGCGGACCAGACCAGUGAUCAACUGGAUGUGGUCAAUUAGUGCAGUGAACCCUCAGGAGUCUCCCCUCAUGUGUGCUGCUGCAGGAGUUGGGGGUUAUUUGAGCUCGGCUUCCAUCGAUCCAUUCGAUCCACUACCUGUCCCCUGCCCCUCGUGUCCCGUCCCGUGGAGUCGAUGGAGUUGAUGGAGUGGCGCCAGCAGACCAGCGUCAGCUGUGCGGACGCGUUCGUCGAGGCUCAGCGCUGGAUUCAGGAGGCGACUGGAAAAUUGUUUGGUUGCAAUGACUUCCGCACUGCCUUGGAGAAUGGAGUCCUGCUUUGCGAUCUGAUCAACAAGUUGAAACCUGGCAUCAUUAGGCGAGUAAACAGGCUUUCCACACCCAUCGCUGGCCUGGACAAUGUGACCGUUUUCCUGAAAGCCUGUGGGGAACUGGGACUGAAUGAGUCGCAGCUGUUUCACCCAGGAGACCUGCAAGACCUGUCCACUCGCGUGACACUCAGGCGAGACGAAAGCAACAGAAGACUCAAAAAUGUUCUGAUCACCAUCUACUGGUUGGGCCGCAAAGCUCACCUUGACGCAUUCUACAGUGGCCCUCCGCUGAACUUCAAGGCCUUUGAAGGACUGUUGGGGUUGGCCUUGUCCAAGGCCCUAGAUGAUGGCACCAAUGCAUUUGUGAAAGACGGCGAGUACAGAGAGUGCUGGUACCCGGAGAGGGAGGAACGUCAGCGUACGAGCUAUAGGGGAGAGAACUCUGUGGACAGUGUUGACUCUCUGGACUCCCGAGCCCUUCGCCCAAACAGUGAAGGUUGUGGAAGUGACACAGAAGCGGAGCAGGUCUUCAGGAUGGAGGCCUCAGUUCAUCAAAACAAAGGCUACAUCCCACCACCACUGCUCCGAAGAAAACCAGGACGAGAUGAGAAUGGAAGGGUCUGCACCGGUCCACUCACAAGAAAAUAUGUAAACCAGGUCAGGCCUGAGACACCGGUUCAGGUCAACCCUGGCUGGAUUUGGAGUAAAUCACUCAGCGACAUCCCGAUGGUCUACCCUGUGCGUAAAUUUCCUAAGGAGAAUACCGUUCGCAAUGUGGGCCAGGACGCGAACACGGCAAGGGAUUGUAGCGAAGAAAACUCAGAGAGGAGCAGCGCCGCUGCCAAGGACAGUGAGGCUCAGUGGCAGGAUGACUUGACAAAGUGGAAGAAUCGUCGCCAGAGCUUCAAGACUGACAGCCGCAGGAAGUCGCUGGACAGAGAGCACGUCAUCAACCAGAUGACCAAUGGGGCUGUGGACAACUUUGGGAAGAGUGGCGCACAAGUCAGGGCAAUGCUAAAAAGAGACCAGCACACACCACGCAGGAAUACCCCCGCCCCCCGUCCUAACCCCACCCCUCCUCCAUCAAAAUCAUCCAGCUCUGAUCUCCGGCCACGUACUCGAGUUGUGUUGGCCCGCAGCUACGCCACUGAAGCACGUUUCAACCCCAAGGCUACACUUAUCCCCCAUAACUCAACCCAGACUCGGGGAUCAUCGGUUGGGGCCAUGCCUGCCUCUGAUGGGAACAUCUUGGGAGAGGAGACCCACUUUUCCUCCUUGGCUUCAGAUGGAGCAGCAGUUACCACACCUUCUCUGGAAUGCCCUUUCAGCUCUCAGACUCAAGUCAAAGCUCAGUGCGGACCAGAUCCUUUCAUGCCCACAUCUGAAGUGGCCCAACCAGAAAAAAUCUUCAAAAAACAAAUCUCCACCCUGGUCACAACCCUGCAGCCAAAGGAGACCACGAAACCAACCAUCACCAAGCACCUCACUGCAUCUGCGUUGAGUCACACGGAACUUCCAUUCUGCGUUGAUGCAAAAGCUCCAACUUUUCCUGUUGAUGCGAUUGAUCAGAUGCCCAAGAAAGGGAGCAACAAAACCUCUUGGGAACCAGCUCUUGAGCACGAUAGAGGUCCGCAGGCUGUAGUUGUCUACAAGUACUUGUCUAGAACUGCGUCGUGGUCCGGCUCGGCCAGCCUUCCGCGUGGGUACCGGCGGUCCGAGGGCUCGUCCCGUCUUUCUUCUGCAAUCACCGCUAGACCCUAUGGGACCAAACAGUCGAGGGUGUCGUCCCUGCCGAGACUGUGCAGUGUAGAUGACGACCAUGGUUUGCUGUUGAACAGAGAGAAAGACACAAUUCUUUCUCCACCCGCCAAAUCUUCGCUCAAAAGACAGACGGCGGCGAGCCACCUGAGGGGUCAGUACGAGGCGUCACUCAGACAGAAGAAAGCCAACCAGGCAAAGCAGAAUGGUACAGAGCAGGCGGAGGUGGGGAAAGGGCCCCGUCUCUCCAGCCAGACCUCCUUCAAGACCAACGGCUAUCACCAUAAGCCCUACACCCAAACCCAGAUACUACAAAAACCUUAUUCAAAACCACAGCCCCACCGCGACAAAAGCUUGACUCUGCCCUCUGCAAAGCUGGAUCACAGUAACAUGAGAGUGAGCCUCACCCUUAAACCCAACAGUAUACCAGACUUCGGUUUCCAGACUCACUGGGACUCGACCGGGGCGAGAGUAAAAUUCACUGAACCCGGCAGUCCAGCAGAGCUCUGCCAGCUGUGUGUGGAUGAUGAGAUUGUGGCUGUUGAUGGAGUGGCGGUGGCACACAUGAACUACAACCAGUGGAAGGAUAAAAUGACAUCUGCCCUGCAAACUGGCAGUCUGACCAUGGACAUUAGACGCUAUGGCAACACGGAUUGGAGCUCCAGCGAGGGGAGUCAUCGCAACCAGCCAGGCCAGAGCAGAGUGACCCUCAAUCUGACUGCCUCUGCACCCGUUCUGAUAGGUUGUCCUGAUCACCAUGCCAACAGCACCACCUCUACAGAAACCACAGCCCCUGUAGCAUUGAAAUUCAAUGGGCAGACAGACAAUGUCGUUCACAGUAAAGUCAUGGAUCGAGGGCUUGCUGACAGCCACAGGACAGCCACAAGUAAAGACUAUGAUAGAAUUAUUAGAAAAAAUCAGAAAAGGAGGGCCGAGUUUUUCAAACAGAAAGGAGGUUCAGAAUCUGCGAUAUCUGAUCUGCAUGUGCCGUCCCUCAGCCCCUCCUCAUCCAGCUGGUCGUGGGACCACGAGGGGGAUCGGCGACGUCAGGAGAAGUGGCAGGAAGAGCAGGAGCGCCUCCUACAGGAGCAAUACCAGCGGGACCAGGAGAGGCUGGAGGCGGAGUGGCAGAGGGCUCAACAGGAUGCAGACGGAGACUUGUGCAGGAAGUCGGGGAACCCCUUUCAGAUGACCAAUGGUGGCGAGGGCCCUGCCAGCACGCAGCUCCAUGUGUAUGCGUUGACAAACAAAACCAGGGAAGAGGAGCAGAGCCCCGACGGAGAUGAGCUGAAAGAAGCAGGAUCGGAAUCUCAAGGUGACGCACAAGGAGCGAAGAGCGACGUCGCCGAGCAAGACUGGGCUGUGGAAUCCUGUGGCUUUGCUCAGCUGUCUCCUGCACACAGGGCGAAGUCCUUGUCUACCCCAGCGUUAGCUGGCUGCCACAAAAGGACAAAGGGUGAUCAGAGGAAAAGAAAAGGACAGUCGCUCUCUAAGACUGAGCAUCAGAGGCAGCAGAUUUUGGAGGAGAUGAAAAAAAGGACCCUCCUACUGACCGACAACAGCUGGAUACGCCAGCGCAGCAGCAGCUUUUACAAGGAGCCGGUCUAUGUCGGCGUUCCUGUGAAAAGGUACGAGUCCCUGGACGACCUGGAUGCUCUGCGUCAGUCCCCAGUCUCGGCCUCCACGUGGGGUUACCCUCGUCCACACUCGGCGGCUGCGGGUUACUACGCUCCGAGCAGGAACGCCUCCUCCCGCUACAGCACUGGAGCCAUUUUAUCCCGGAGAAACGCAUCCAUGGACCCUCCUCAUCAUGGCAGUGUGUGGGCUGCCACCGACAUUUCUGAGGAACUGAAACUGGAGUCGAAGUUCGUCUCUGAAAGGGGAAGGCCUACUGUGAGCUCUGCCAUUUCCAAGUCAAGUAUGCUGGUGGCUCCUCCAUGUGGCCGACGUGCCGUGUUCCAGAUUACAGACUAAGCAGCUGAAUAAAACUAUGGAAAUUGCCCACGCAGCCAAGCUAUGACCUUUGACCUACAGUAAGACUUGGUCAAAAUGAAAACUCUGAUGUCUGUGCUAUAAAAUCAAUUAAAUCUGUGAAUCCACAAUUAUAUGUUAAUUUUAAUUAAAUGUGCUACUCUCUGUCCCUUUUCAUGCUAAUUUAUUUCCAAGAGAAUUUAGAUUAAUAUAUGAAAUAAAGUAGUAAUGAGAAAUAUUAGUGUUUGGUUACUGCUUUUAUUAUAAUGUUAGUGUCGUUCUUUAUAUCUUUGUGCUUUCUUUGCCUAAUUGUGCAUUACAUAUUUCAGAUAUGUCUUGGUAAUGUAACCCAUCUACUGUGGCACAUUUCUAACUUUUACUGAAGCACCGUGUUCUGUCAAAAUCUCACCAAGUGCACUAUGGGAUAAAUCAGUGGUAUCAAUGGUGUAGUAGUGUAAAUGGGCAUCUUAACUGAAAUGUUUUUGGUAAAUAAAGUGCACUGAACAUUA